UGGCGUGUCGGACGUCCUCUUCCAAUCGCCUUCUCCGUUGGUUGCAGGUGAGCUGUCGCCAGGGCCUGGGCUGAGGAGACGCGGUUAAAUCAGAGACAUGUCUGGUAGUUUUUAUUUUGUUAUAGUUGGACACCAUGACAACCCUGUUUUUGAAAUGGAGUUUCUUCCAGCAGGCAAAAUGGAGCCCAAAGAUGAUCACCGACACUUGAACCAGUUCAUAGCUCAUGCUGCUCUGGAUUUAGUAGAUGAGAACAUGUGGUUAUCCAACAAUAUGUAUUUGAAAACUGUUGACAAGUUCAAUGAAUGGUUUAUCUCUGCAUUUGUUACAGCUGGACAUAUGAGAUUUAUUAUGUUGCAUGAUGUGCGUCAGGAAGAUGGAAUAAAAAAUUUUUUUAAUGAUGUCUAUGAUUUGUACAUUAAGUUUGCCAUGAAUCCAUUUUAUGAACCUAAUACCCUAAUUCGAUCAACAGCAUUUGACAGAAAAGUUCAGUUCUUAGGAAAGAAGCACCUACUGAGCUGAACAAAAAUAUACUGAAGACUACAGGAUAUCAGAAGUACCUUUAACUGUGUAUAGCAUUGUCUGUAUUGGUAACUUUACUCUUCAACUGUAUUAUUCCUUUGUGUAUAUGUAUUUAUUUAUAUAAAGAAAUCAAUGUUGGGCUUUGGCACAUAUAUUUACUAAGUGCAAGUUAUGUAGGUUGCCUUACAGUAAGUCUGCAUGUUGAACAGUUUUCUUUGUAAUUAAUCAGCUAUAUCUAUAUUAAAGCUUGAAACUUCAGCUUAAACAAUUUGUCAAUGUGCAAGGAUGUCUGCCUAUAUAGAAACUGGGUCAUGUGUGGUGCUGGAAACACUGAUUCACCUGCUCUGCAGAUGCUGCCUGACCUGUGCUUUUCCAGCACCACAUUCUUGAUUCUGAUCUCCACUCCUCACUUUGUCCUACAUAGACACUCAGCCCUGCCCACAACUAUUUACAAUGUUUGGGAGAAGAUUUGUAGCUCGGGUGCUUGUUGUUGUGGUUUUGUUCACUGAGCUGGGAGUUCUUAUUGCAAACGUUUCGUCCCCUUUCUGGUUGUCAUCCUCAUUGUUUGGGAGUGCUGUGAGGAGGCAUGGCACUCAUCCACAGAUUCUAUCAACAAACACGUUGACCUGGACCCAAUAUACCGGCCACUGCAGCAGACAGCAACUGACAACCAGAAGCGGCAGAAACAAGCCACUAUCAAUGCCCGAGGAAACACGACAGAAGCGCUUCACAGGAGGCUCCCAAGCACUGAGGAUGUCACCUAGAAAGGGGAUGAAACAUUUACAACAAAAACUCCCAGCUUUGCAAAUGGAACCACAACAACUAUUUACAAUGAUUUAGUUUGGAUUAUUUCACUACUGCAAAAGCUUAUGAAUUGUGGCAGUAGGUACUGGUUAUAGGAAUGAUCAUUCAGUUCAUUCAACACAGCUAACUUUAGCCAGAGUGUAUCCUGACUGCAAAAAUCUAAUUACUUGAGCUGGCAUGCAGCUGAAUUCCAUAGUUAGUAGAAAAGGCAAGUAUUCCCUCAGGAGCCUUUAAUUGGGGGUCCCAGCCUGUCAAAACAGGAUGAAAUACCAUGGCAUGUCUGGACAGGUGAGAGGCAGUGGAGACAAUCUAACACCAAUCUGUAAAAGACUCACCUGUGCCCUAUAAUGCAAACUGUAAGCAUUUUGGGGAGAUGGGAUCAAUGUGAAAAUCCAUUCAAACUGGGGGUGUGAGCUGAAACAGGAGUCCACCAUAAGCAUGAGAAACCUUGACAUAUUAAGGAAAUGAUUAUACUAAUUUGGAUUCAUUGAGCAGAGAUAUUGUCUUUUAUUGACUGCUGUAACGAUACUGGAGUGUGACUAGUGAGGCAACCCAGGGUAUAAUGAAUGGUAUUUGAUGGUAAUAAAACACCCAUUAUUAGAUACAUUGAAUAAAAUAGAAUAGUCCUGUAUCAGCUGUGUAAUUUUAAACAUUUAAUUGAAAAUGUAUUUCUAAAGCCAAAAGUUUACUGCAGAUAUAAAUUCUGUGGCUGUCUGAAUAGCAGCUCUGGAAUGUCACAUGAUAGUAUUUAAGUAGCUUCAAGAGCAGAUAUGCACUAUAACAGAUAGCAGUCUGGAGCCAUGAUUGCAUUUGCCCCUUUCAUAAAUACACAGGUUCAGGGGUUAAAAGUGAGUUUCAACUGUGUGCACAUAUUAUGGCUGAAGUACAGGUCAAUAAAACUCUUGCUCCAUACUGGAAGACAUUCAGCAAGCCAGUUCAAAAGGAAACAAGAAUUUCAGCUAUCUGUAAAGUCAAAAUAGACUGAACUAUCACCCUGCUGCUAUCUGUAUAUGUCGCAUUAUUUCUUCUCUGCUAAACUUUAUCUUAAUUUAUGUUAAUGAAAGAAAGAGUAUCUUAAAACAUUUCAGCCUAGGAGACCAUGCCUGCACAAGAGGAUUGAUUACAAUGGUUAAUGUAAAUCAAACAAGGAAGGCAGGUUAUUAAAGAGGAGCCUGUUCAGCAUUCACCAAAAACUUGACAAGUUAGGUACCUCAUCUGAAAAGUGGGCAGAACAGUGGUUAGCACUGCUGCCUCAGUGCCGCCAUUCCAACCUGUGACCUUGCCCUCUGACAUUAUUCUGUCAAAGUCAGAUGAACAGCAUGUAAACACACACUUUGGUCCAACUUAUCCAUGCUGAUCAGCUAUCUCAUUUGCCAGUACCUGAUCCAUAUCCCUCUUAAACCUUUCUUAUUUACCCAUCCAGAUGCCUUUAAAACAUUGCAAUUGUGCCAGCCUCCACCACUUUCUUUACAGCUCAUUCCAUACAUGCACCACCACCUGCAUGAAAAAGUUUUCUCUAAGGACUCAAGAUUUUUCUCCUCCUCACCCAAACCUAUGCGCUCUAGUUCUUGACUCCACCCCCCGAGAGAAGACCUUGUCUAUUUACCCUAUCCAUGCUCAAUAUUUUAUAAACCUCCAUAAGGUGACUCUGAUCAGCAAUACUCCCCAGGAUCCUACAAUUAAGCAAAAGUCCUGCUCUGAAUUGCCUCUCCAAAAUGCAGCACUUCACAUUUAUCGAAAUUAAACUCCAUCUGCACAACCUGAUCAAGAUCCUGCUGUCCUCUGAAGUAACCUUCUUCACUGUCCACUAUACCUCCAAUUUUGGUGCCAUCUGCAAACUUACUAAUAAUACCUAAUCAUUAAUUUAAAUGACAAAAAGCAACAACAAUCCUUGUGGCACACUAGUCUGAAAGGCAAUCCUCCACCAUGACCUUGUCUUCUACCUUUGAGCCAGUUCUGUAUCUAAAUGGCUACUUCUCCCUGUAAUCCAAAAGAUCUAGCCUUGCUAACCAGUCUACCAGGAGGAACCUUGUCGAAUGCCUUAGAUCUAUUUCAGAUAUAGAUCACAUCCACUGCUCUGUCCACAUCAAUCUGUUACUUCUUCGGAAAGUUCAAAAGAACAGAAACUCAUCUUUUGUUUAAAUAGUUAACCACAUUCUCGUCUCAAUUGCUUAACAAUUUUUCCAUUAUUUUAUUUUCUUUCCCAUUUUUUUGCUUUGCACCAGUUUGUUUCUUUCUCUGAAGAUGGUGCUUUAACUUUGAUAUAAUUUCUACUUUAUUUCAGACUUCCAGGCCUUUUACUUUUAAGAUCUUGACAGUACAUCAUUCAUUUAAGUGUCAGUCGUAACUAUUUGCUCAAGACAAUAGACAGGUUUUUAAACUCAUCAUCACCUUUGAGUCAAAAGUCCAAACCUGAUCACUGAGCAAAGACUGAAACUAAAGUCCAGACCUCUAAGUCUGAGCUUCUGGAACAGAGUUGGGUUAAGUAAAAGAUUCAAAAAUGUGAAUGAAAUUAAUGAGUAAAUUACAGCAUGAAAUAUGCAACUGAUAUCCAAACUGUCAAAAUCUUCACUUUGACAGAUUUAAAAUACUGGGAAAAAAAAAGAAACACAAAAAAGCAGCCAAUGAUUAAAUAAUUUUAUGCAGCAACUAACAAAAGCAGUGGCAAUAAUGCAAAGAUGACAUUGUUAGAAAUGGCUACUCAAUUCUCAGCAGUGUGCAGUGAUUUAACAAAUGCAACUCUCAUCAACAUUAAAAUGUAAUUCAGCAGCACCUUAACAGCCAAAGUUGACAGUAGAGAUCCUAAUUUGUUAAAUGGGUCAUUUUAACUGUUACAAGCAGCACAUUUACUGUAAAGCUUCAAAAUAAAGUGCUUUUAUAUUUAACUCCACCUUUCUGUAACCG